AUGGCCCAGAGAAGGACGCGAGCCCGAGGGCGGGAGGCGCGCACCCGAGGGACGGACGGGCGAGGGGGCAGGAAGCGGCGUCGGCAGACACACUUAGCUGGGGCGGCUGCCCGCACCGACCCCCCAACCGGAGUACACACGGCUCCCGGAAAGCCUGGGCAAAGUUUCUGCGCCCGCGCCCCGCCCCACCGGGCGGUCGAGGAGGGCAGGGGCGGGGCCGAGCGGAACCCUAGCUUGAGGCCCGAAACAUGCCAGAGAGAGGCCAAGGCUGCCCAGGGCGCAGCUCAACAGGCCCUCGACGAGCGGGACCGCACUCUGGCUCAGCUUCGGGCCCAUGUAGCAGACAUGGAGGCUGAGUAUGAGGAAAUCUUACAUGACAGCUUGGACCGACUCUUGGCUAAGCUGAGAGCCAUCAAGCCUCAGUGGGACAAGGCCGCAUUGAGACUCCACGCCAGGCACAAAGAGCAGCUGCGCCAGUUUGGACUGAAUCCCCUGGACCUUUGA